AUGUCCUCCCUUGAAGAAGCCCACAAAGUCAUACACGAUGAGGGAAUGAAGGAGCUCAGGAAGAUAUUUGGAGAUGCAGUCGUUAAUAAGGAAAUGUCAAAUGCAUCGGACUUCAUGCGCGCCGGGCACGAAUUAGCAACAGAAGCUGCAUUCGGGUUCAUCUGGACUCGCCCGGGUCUGUCACAUAAGCAUCGGUCUCUUAUAUGUAUUUCGAUCCUUGGCGCGCUGGGCAAGCAGGAUCAAUUGGUCGCGCAUGUCAUUGGGGCGCUCAACAACGGCCUAACAGAGGAGGAGUUAAAAGAGGUUCUGUUGCAGGUAAUCGUGUAUUGCGGCGUACCAGCAGGCGUCGAGGCAUUCAAAUCUGCCGACGCUGCAGUUCAGAAGUGGAAGGCGCUUAAUGAUAAAUAA